AAUAAUAGAAUGAUUAAUGUCUAAUGUUAAAGAUUUUGAGUUCGAAUUUACAUUCCACAAUCUUUGAUUUUCUUUGUUAAUUUAUUAAUUUAUCAAAAAAAGAAAAAGAAUAAAAAAAAGAGCAAUGAAACGAUGAGUUUGAAUUGGAAAUAUAGAAUAGUUUGGGUACAAUAUGAGAUAUUCGAAAACUUCGAGGGCAGUUUAAAGUUCCAAUUUUGAUCUUCAUUUCAGUUUCCCCCAAAUUACAUAGCUCUUCCAUCAGGUUAACCCUAGCUGAAAUUCAAUUAGCAAUUCGGCAAGAAAAUGGGCGGAGGACACGGCCACGGCCAUGGCAUCACGUACAAAGGCGUGACUCUGCAUCAGCCUAAGCGCUGGCACACUGUCACCGGCAAAGGCCUCUGUGCCGUCAUGUGGUUUUGGAUUCUCUAUAGGGCAAAACAAGAUGGCCCUGUUGUGUUGGGCUGGAGACAUCCUUGGGAAGGUCAUGAUGAUCAUCACUAGAACUGUGGUGCAAUUCUAAUAUGGAACGUGAAGCAACUCUGCCGAUCUUUUGUUGGGUUGAGCAACUCUCUUUGAAUGUUAUGUACAAUAAAUCGACUGAGGAGAAGUCGACUUAGCUUGAGACAUUGUACAAGUUUUUUGGACUCUGUUUAUUUUCAGUUCUGCUAUCUGGUUUAUCUAUAUUAUGUUAUGUAAUACCAUUCCAAUAUGAGAAUCUACUCUGCAUUUACUGGGUAGAAAA